AUGGGAUUAUCUGAGAAGUUGAGUCUGAACCAGAGUAUGGGUGACAGGGAGACCAGGGACCGUUGUGAGACAGCAAAACCCGUGAACAAUGCUCGGGUGCUGACGGUGCAGGCGGGCUCCAAGGCCGUGGUGGUGGCUCAGUGCGAGGCCCUGGAAGGGAAGCCUGCGGCCAGCAUCAACUGGCUGGGCUCCGUGGGAGGUAACCACUCCACCAGCAGCAGCAGCGGUCCAGACGGGACGGUGACAGUGAAGAGCGAGUACAAACUGGUCCCCACACCGGCGGACAACGGGCGCGAGCUGACCUGCCUCGUGGACCAGAGGACCCAAGACCAGACCUGGGUCUACCCCGUCAAGCUGUCCGUGGAAUAUCCUCCGUCAGUGUCCAUCGAGGACUACGACCACAACUGGUACAUGGGCCGAUCAAACGCCGUUCUGACCUGUCUGUCCAACGCCAACCCGCCUCCCACCACCGUCACAUGGACAGCAGUGUCCGGGCCUCUCCCAGACUCGGUGGUGGUGGACGGCAACAAGCUGACGGUGCGGAAAGUGGACGAAGCGGUCAACACCACGUUCGUCUGCGAAGUCAAGAACAAACUGGGAUCCACCAAGAACCAGAUCACCACCGUCGUCAUCGGUGAGUCCAGAGACACGGAGCCGAGAUGUUUGUGUGUCGCGUUUGUGGGCCACGUUCAGACUGAAACCAAUGGAAAAACAACAGAUUCCCCUCUCUUAAAGACCUGCUUUUCUGUUCAAACGAGCGAGAGUGAGAUCUGUGGAACAAACACUUAA